AUGAACGACCACCGGCCGGCGGAGACGGCCAUGCAUUUCCGCGAAGCGACGCAUGACACGUGUCUCUAUGGGUCCGUCGUUGGGCUCAAGGAUGUGGUUCCUCGGAAGCGCGAGCCCGUCAUGGAGCUCCUCGACGACUCCGACGACGAUGGCGGAGAGUACCUCUCGUACCCGUCCAACCUCUCGCCCGUGGCAUGGACGCUGAACUCGUCGUCGUCGCUCUCCGCAUCGACCUCGACAGGAGCACCGACUCCACGCGACAAGCUACGGCAGCGGCGCCAAAGCCGGUCCGAGUCGGCGUCGACGACCGCCUCUACGACGCCCAAUUCGCCGCCUUCCAUGUCGACGCCUCGCCACAAGCCGAUGCCGCCCAUGUGCGACGAGUGCGAAGGCUCGUAUGGGGAUGUCUAUUGCCAAGACUGCGAUCUCGUCUAUUGCGCGUCCUGCAACGAUGCGCGCCAUCGCAAGGGAAAGCUCGUGCUGCAUGAGCGCACGCCACUUGCGGCCCCAUCGCCGCCAAAAGAAACGCCGCGCCCCGUUACCGUGAGCGACUGGGCGGUCGCUCAUGUGCUCGAGUGGCUCGAGAAGGUCGAUUUGACAAUCUAUGCGUCCACGUUCGAGGCGCUGGGUGUGAACGGUCCGAGACUCGUUCGGGCGACGCAAGACGAUGUCGAUGGCUGGGACGCAUCGAGCCAGGCGUCACGGGCCCACAAAAAGAAGCUAUGGCGCGAGAUCCAGAAGCUCCAGCCGUCUGCGCCGGCGCCAAUCCGAAUCCCAAGCCAUGAGACCCUCGAGCGACGGUCAAGUGACGUGACGUCGCCUGUUGCCGCCUUGCGCGCACGCGUUCACCACGGGCAGUCGGAGAAAGGGCGCGUGGCCCGCCGUCAGUCGGCAUCUGCGACGACGACGUUUGUCAAGCCAACGCUCGACCUCUCAGCGGAUGCGUCGCGUUACAAGUCGUCACCUGCCAAGCGACGUCCCGCGAUGGAUCUGGGCCUCGAUCUGGUCAAAGUGGCGCACGAAGAGAAGCACCUCAACGCAUCCUUUGACUUUACGGCUGAAGGGCGGCUUCAGACCCAUGGCUUUGACAUCAACACGGAGGGCAUUUCGCGAACGCCGUUCCAGCCCGUGACAACAACGCUUCUCGGCACGAAGGAUUCGCUCGUGCUCUUGCAUGAGCUCGGGCAUGGCGCCAGCGGCAAGGUCUACAAGGCUCUGUACUUGCCCACGUUCAAGCUCGUGGCCGUCAAGGUCAUUCGAGUCUACGACCAAAAGAAGCGCCAUCAAAUGCUGCGCGAGCUCAAGUCGCUCUACGCCAACUUUGUGUCGCUCCACGAGACGCGCGUCACGGCGGCCUGCGACGAGCUCGUCAUGUUUUACGACGCGUAUACCAACCCGGAGAUUGGCAGCGUAUCGAUCGUGCUCGAGUACAUGGAUGGCGGAUCCCUCGAGGACGUGAUGAAGUCAGGCCGGCCGUGCUCCGAGUCAAUGCUGGCCAAAAUCGGUACAAGCGUGCUCAGUGGACUUGCUUUCCUGCACGAACACCACCAGCUCCACCGCGACAUCAAACUCAGCAACAUCCUCGUAAGCCAGCAAGGUGCAGUCAAGAUCUCGGACUUUGGCAUCUCGACCGAGCUCGAAAACACACUGGCCAAAGCUACGACGUUUACGGGCACGCUCUUGUACAUGGCGCCAGAGCGCAUUAGCGGCGGCACGUACUCGUAUCCGUCGGACGUCUGGUCGUUCGGCUUGGCAUUGAUGGCGUGUGCCAUCGGACGGCUGCCUGUACCCACUGAAGACGGCUACUGGGGUGUUGUCCAUGCUGUCCAAGAGCAGCCAUCACCGCGGCUGCGCGAUUUUGGCGAUCACUUUUCACCCGACCUCUGCGACUUUCUCGAUCUCUGCUUGAAGAAGGACCCAAUGCACCGACCGCCAGCGCAAGUGCUUUUGGCGCAUCCGUUUUUGAAGCGCCACGCCGCUGCCCCCGCGAGCGCUGUCAUUGCGCCGAUGACGACGACGGCUGCGAACGCUGCCGAACUGCAGAAGAUUGCGACCGCGGUCCAAGGCUGGAUGGCCACACACGACCGCAGUCGCCUCGCAUCGCUCAUGGACGACCCAGCGCAACGCAUGAAGGCGCUCCAUGGUCUCGCCAAGCAACUCCAAGUCGACUACCACGCAGUCGAGUCUUUGUUUUCGUUUUUUUAA